AUGCAACACGAUCAAGACACGACUCCGUCUCAAGAGUCAAUCCAUCUGCGCAUACCAGAAUCAUCUGAACUAACUGGCGAAGGCAACGACACCCCAAAACAUCAAGACAACCGGGUCGUUCCGCAAGUCCAACAUCCUUACAAUCCACGUGCGCUCCUCAAUCAGAAAUCUGCACCCAAGCGUCCCGCCACUGACGAUGCCGAUCCCGCAGCACUCGCUACAGGCCAAAUGGCUUUCAUCGAGCGCAUGCAUAACGUACACGAGAGAACGGCAUCUCCGUCGAAACGAAUGAGGACUGAAGAUGAGCGCAAACAGCAGAAACCACAGCCCAGUGUGCAAAGCGGCGGCGGCGGCGGCGGCGGCGGCCUGAAUCUCAACUCACAGAACGGCCAGGCGCAAUCUGCGUCCUUACCGGUUCCAAUUGAUUUGACUUUGAGCGAUGACGAUGACGAAGACGAAGAAAUUACAGUUGUCAAAGAUAACAGUAUGCAAAUCAUCUGUAUCGGGCGAAUCAAGCAGGCAUACGUCCAAUGCCACCUGGUGCCUUUCCCCGAUCCCACUAAGUACAAGGGUAACUAUGGCCAGCAAGCACGCAUCGAGCUCCGCUUUCGUCGGACAGGGAGGAGCACAAACGUUAUUCUCGUUGUCGACCCAACCGGGCAGGAGUUCGGCCGAGUGGACCUUAAGACUGCUCAAGGUUUAUCACCACUUAUGGACGGUGCAAGUGCGAGUGGACUUAAAUGGUCUGGCGUGACUGAGUCACGGAGAAAGCAGCCCAACGAAGGACCAUCUGGAACACCUACAUCGGCCCUCAUCGCAAUGUCACUUCAACUCUACUGCCCUCGGAAGGUCGCCCAUGAUGUCGGUAAAUAUCUUAAGACUAAGAACAUCCAACUCAUUGACCCGGUGUUUGCCAUACAAAAGUACGAAUACUUCAACCCCCAGACUUCAAGCUCGUUUCCACCAAGGGACGUAGAGUUUGAUGCCGGACAAACGCAAGGGGUAAACACGGGUUAUGCAGCCAGUUCCGGUAAUUACGUGCUACGGAGCGUGGAAGAAAUUCGGUACGACGUCCAAAAUAUGUUCGAUGCGUUGCCCAACACCGCGGAUAUACCUGAACGAGAGCAGAGCGAAUUAAUCAAGACCAGUCUUAUGAAACAUCAAAAGCAGGCUCUUCAUUUCAUGUGGGAUCGAGAGCAGGACCGGUCUGAGGAUAGUUUACUUCCAGAUUCGCUGUAUCAAACGAAAUAUAGACGCAAUGGCAGCAAGGUCUUCCGGAACGUCAUUACUGGCGAGGAGACUUACCGGAAACCACCAAGCGCUUUAGGCGGAAUCCUAGCAGAUGAGAUGGGCCUUGGCAAGACACUCAGCAUCUUGUCUCUUAUUGUCGACUCUGAAUCUCAAGCCCAGGCCAAAGAAUUUGCUCAGAAGGCUCCUUCCAUGCACAAUGGCGGACAUCAGACAGCUAACAGUAGAGCGACUUUACUUGUUUGCCCGUUGACAACGCUACACAAUUGGUCCACACAACUGAAACAACACUUCGGUGACAACAUUCCUCUAAAAAUCUGCACUUAUCACGGCCCAGAGCGGAGGCGUUUUGAUGUGAAGACUCUCGCCGACCAUGAUCUUGUUUUCACAACAUAUCAAAUGGUUGGCUCUGACGUCCUUGAUGCGUCCAAGGCCCUUAGCAGGAUCAACUGGUUCCGGAUUGUUUUGGACGAAGCGCAUACUAUCCGUAACGCAGUGACAAACCAAUCUAAGAAGACGAUGCUGCUUGAAGCCCAGCGUCGUUGGGCUGUCACGGGCACUCCAGUUCAGAAUCGGUUGGAUGACCUUGGGGCAUUGCUCAAAUUUCUGAGAAUUAGGCCAUUCCACGAGACGGCGGGUUUUAAUCAUCACAUCCUUGCUCCAUUCAAGAAUGCUGACGCGGAAGUUGUUCCCAAGCUUCAGCUUAUUGUUAGCACGGUCACGCUACGACGGUUGAAAGAUGGUCUCGUAGAGCUUCCGAAGCGGGUUGACCUUGAAGUGAGGCUUAAGUUCUCCACGGAUGAAGAACAGCUCCACCGGUGGUUCGAAAAUGAUAUUGCUAAGAAAGUCAAUGCCGUAACAUCUGGGCCAAAGACGAAGCUGGGCGGAGGUGUCUACGCGCGGAUUCUAACGGCCAUCCUCAACCUUCGACUCAUCUGUGCACAUGGCCGUGAGCUCCUUUCUGACGAAGCAUUAAAACUGACUGAUGGAAUGACUUGGGAUAAUCCAAUGGCAAUUGAUGAGGAUGAUGACACCCCGGUCUUGACUAAGAAACAGGCGUACGAGAUGCUAGAGCUACUUCACGAAACCGACACUGACAGAUGUCAGCAUUGCAAUAAGAGGGUACUUAAUGAAACUGGCUACGAUGAGGACGAGGACGAGGAGCAACAGAAUAUUAUCGGUUAUAUGUCUCCUUGCUAUCACGUUAUCUGCCCCCGCCACGUUAAGGCGUUCAAAUCACAGUGGGACCAGUUGGCCACAGCCGAUGGAUUUGUUGUUUGUCAGUACUGCGAGCAGCAUGUUCGCAAUUCGCUAUUUGAACUCAAGUACGAUGAGCGCGACGACGAUCAGGAGGAGCGCGAGCGAUUGAAGAAAGAUCCGAAGCUGGCCAAGAAAUUAGGACGAUAUAUUAGGCCUCAUACGAAGACCAAGGCUCUCCUUGCUGAACUGAAGAAGAACCAGGAAGAGAGUGCGGCCAACCCGGAUGAGCCACCGAUCAAGAGCGUUGUCUUUUCGUAUUGGACGUCACACCUUGAUCUCAUUCAGGUUGCCCUGGAUGACAAUGGUCAUAAAUACACCCGUCUCGAUGGUCGCAUGCGGCGUGAACAACGGAACAAGUCUCUUGAGGCCUUCGCCAAUGAUCCCAAUGUUACGAUCUUCCUCAUUUCUUUGGGGGCUGGUGGUCUUGGACUCAAUCUCACCACAGCGAACAAAGUGUACGUCAUGGAACCACAAUUCAACCCAGCUGCCGAAGCUCAAGCCGUGGAUCGAGUCCAUCGAAUCGGGCAGAAGCGUCCAGUGACUAUUAUGCGAUUCAUCAUGGAGAAUAGCUUCGAGGAGAAGAUGCUCAUCUUACAACGGAAGAAGAAGGAUUUGGCCAAUCUGGCUAUGGAGAGGGAGAAAAUGAGCAAGGAGGAAGUUGCGAGGAAGAGGUUGGAGGACCUUCGCUCCCUGUUCAGGUGA